AUGAAGCCCCACGUGCCCUCCUCUGAGCCGCCCGAUGGAGGCUGGGGCUGGAUGAUCGCGUUGGCAGCUUUCCUGCAGUCAGCCCUGAUCUUUGGGGUGAUCCGAUCUUUUGGGGUCUUCUUUGUGGAAUUCAUGGCUUAUUUCGGGGAGCCAUCCACCACCGUCUCCUGGAUCUCCUCGGUCACAGUGGCCGUGUUGAUGUUCAGCAGUCCUUUGGCCAGUGCCCUCGGGGCGCAGUACGGAGAGCGGGCCGUGGGAGUCGUCGGUGGGUUCCUGUCGGGGCUGGGGCUCUUCCUGGCUUCCUUGGCCACCAGCCUGGUUCAGCUCUACCUCUUCAUUGGCCUCCUCACAGGUUUUGGUGGUGCCCUCAUCGUCUCCCCCUCCCUGGCCUUGGUAGCCCGGUAUUUCAAGCGGCGGCGUGCCCUGGCCAACGCCUUGGUGUUUUCCGGCGCUGGCAUUUCUACCUUGGCUUUCUCCCCCCUCUUCCAGUUCUUGGUGGAUACCUACGGCUGGCGCGGGGCCCUCCUGAUUGUGUCUGGCAUGGUCUUCCACCUGGUGGUGUGUGGGGCCCUCCUUCGGCCCUUGCCCUUGGCCCAAAAGGACACUUUGGGGGCUCUCGAAGAGGAGAGCCGCUGGGGCAGGUUGGCGUCCCUCUUUGGCCUACGUCUGUUCUGCCACCGAGCCUUCAUGAUCUUCUGUGGGUCUGGGAUGCUGAUUACGGCGGGCUACUUCAUGCCUUUUAUUCACUUGGUGCCCCACGCCAGGGAGACGGGCUUCGACGAAUACCAAGCAGCCUUCCUGGUGUCUGCGGUGGGCAUGGCUGAUAUUGCAGGACGCGUCACAGCCGGCUGCCUGGCCAACUGUGGGCCUCUUCGUCUCGUCCACCACCUCACCCUCUGGACCUCCCUGACGGGCGUCUCCUUGCUCGUGGUGCCCCUGGGACGCAGUUACAUCCUCUUGGUGGCCAUCAGCAUCGCCUACGGGUUCCUGGCUAGCGCCAUCAUCCCGCUAAAGUUCUCCACCCUGAUGGAAAUUGUGGGCCCAGACCAAAUCAUGGGAGCGAUCGGGCUCAUUCACCUGAUGGAAAGCUUUGGCGCUUUGGCUGGGCCUCCACUGUCGGGCUGGAUCCGGGACAUGACCGGCAGCUACACGGCUUCAUUCCAGGCAGCUGGCUCCAUCCUCAUGGUGGGCGCCUUGGUGCUUGUGGCCCUGCCCAACUACCUCCCUUGCCUCCCUGCAGCGCCCCUCAAACAACCUGAAGGAUGCAAAGAGGAGCCCGAUCCCUCCCCCACUGAAGACGGAGGCUUCCGGACUGGGCGGAGCUGA